AAACAAGACUUGCAAUGCUCACAUUUUCCAUUGUUUUCCCGUCUUUUCAUAUGUUGGUAUCUCUAAAGUUCCUAUUACUGCAUAGUGCCAAGUACUUUUGUCUUUAUUAAUGUACUUUUUGUCUAUUAGGCCAGUCUUUACCCAUAAUUCCACUGUGCUGUCACAGUGAGUGUGCACUGACUUUAUUUUCCCUGCGUUGAUGUUGCCUUUUCUCCGAAGGACUGAACUAACAGAAAAACAUCAAGUAGUCUAAAUAUGUCAACAAGUGUCACAGCGGUGCCUCAGUUCCCUCACACAGGAUGUUUACUCAGAUGUGUGUGUGUGUGUAUGUGUAUGGUGCUUCCCAACAAGCUACUGUGUCAUUAUCAUUAAACACUCCAGAUUCCACCCCCUCCCGGCAAAGCCUCUCAAGACAUAAAACAAUUAAAGCAAUCAUUUUGUGCAGCAAUUGAAUAUUCCCAUUGAAGCCCUGCUGCAAGUUAGCAAAGCUGCUUCCACUCGUUUUCUUUUUAGUCCACUCUAGUAUGGAAUAUGAUGUCUUGUUGUGGAGGGAACAACAGCGUGAGCUCAUAGAAGAAGCAAAUGGAAUAAAAAGAGUCGGAGAGACGUAAAUAUUUCUGCAUUAGCUACGUGCUUGUUAAAACCCCUGGUGCGGAAAUCAAAUACCAGUUAGGUGUUAAGUGUUGGCUUUUGAGAAAUGUAGCCGUAAAAAGCAGCGGUGGACCGUUUUUCUACCUCCAUAAUGACUGAGAGUGUACUUGCGGCCGUCUAAUUUGAACGUGAACAACAGACUAUAAAAAGAGGAUGUCCAGAGCUGACUGGUCCUUCCUGGAGCACCUGCUGGAGGAGGGUCAGGAGUAUUCGACAGGCAUCGGCCGCAUCUGGCUAACCGUUCUCUUCCUGUUUCGCAUGCUGGUCCUCGGCGCAGCUGCCGAGUCCGCCUGGGACGACGAGCAAGCCGACUUCAUCUGUAACACGCGGCAACCCGGCUGCAUGGCCGUCUGCUACGACAAAGCCUUCCCCAUCUCGCACUUCCGCUACUUUGUUCUUCAAGUCAUCUUCGUCUCCACGCCGACCAUCUUCUACUUCGGAUACGUGGCUAUAAGAUCGGCGAAGGAAAAAGAAGCAGGAAAGGACGAUAAGCAGUCGGAAGAUGAUGCAAAACAUAAGAACAAAGAUGGCGGUGCGAGGAAAGUAAGCAUAGCUGAGAGGAAUCCACCAGAAGCUCCAAAGCUGAAAGGCAAGCUGUUAUGUGCGUAUACAUUCAGCAUCUUCUUGAAGGUUCUCCUCGAGGUUGGCUUCAUCGUGGGGCUGUGGUUCCUUUAUGACGGCUUCCUCAUUGAAGCAAAAUUCGAGUGCGUAGGGUUCCCCUGCCCUCACACGGUGGACUGCUUUGUCUCCCGCCCAACGGAGAAGACCAUCUUCACCAUCUACACCCAGGCCAUCGCCGCCAUCUCCUUGCUCCUCAACCUCAUCGAACUCCUCCACCUGCUCCAGCUUGCCAUUUCCCACCGCUUGGAGAAACGGUACCAAGGAGAGGUGUAUCGACCACGAUUGGAUCAGGCGGCGGCUGCAGCCAAACAGGAGACGCCGGCGCUCCGAGAAGAAGCUCCGGAAUCCUACAGUGGGAGUCUACCAGUGCCGAGCGAAGCUACCGGCUACACCACCAACCCUUGUGAGAGCUUUGGAGAUCUGGCUAUAACGGUCAACUGGGCGCCCACGGAAGCUGGGAGUGACGUGCUUCCUAGCUACAGGAACUGCGUAGAGGCCAUCAGGACACCACAUUCAUCCAGGAACAGCAAGAACCACCACAAGGUGCCUUCAAAACAGAAGCACUACGUCUAACACACUCGCAGACUUUCCACCCUGGAUUAAAAGAUGUGUCCACUCAGAAGAAAUAACCAACAGGAGUCGUACUGUCAACCCAUCGCCUCCGAGACUCCAAAGACGCCAGACAACGGACCUUUUCAAACUUCAACACCCCCAAGGCUGACCUUAGUCAUGAGAUACUUGCUUUUACAUCAAAUAAGCGUGAAUGUGUUUGGUUAUGACUCGUUAUAAAUAAAUACAGUCUCCCAGUCUCUUGAGGUCCACACUAUCACCCCCCCCUGGAGGUCUUCUCUGACCACAUCACGGAAUGUUCUGGUCUCAGCUCAGCUCCCAUGAGGAUAACGGCUGUGUGGAUGCACGCACGCAUGCACCGGAUGCUUCCCCGGAGUUAACAGGGAGAGUCUUAUUCAUCCGAUGCAAACUUUAGUACUGAAGCAGGAGGCAGAGAGGACCACUAUGUAGCAUCCGGUUGGCUUAAAAGCUUGAAAGGAUUAGUGACUGCAAACUUGAUGGACUAAAAGUGGUACAAAAUGAAUGAAAUGUAUGUGAAAUAUGUAUUUAUAUCAAAGGCAUCUGUUAUUUAUUAUACUGAGGAAAAUA